AUGGCUUACAACCCAUACGGAGGGAAUCCCUACGGGGCGCUUCCGAACUACAACCCGUAUCCUGGCGCUGGCCGUGGUCAUCCGGGCUUUGGCCCGCCUCCAGGCAUGUCUCCUGCUCCGGGAUUGGCACCACCACCUGGUGUGCUACAGCCGCCAAGUGCGACACAAGCUAAUCGACCAAGCGGACUCCCCCCUUCCUUCCAACCACCGCCGAACCUGCCUAACAUCAACUUCAACGCGCCCGUGAUCCGGUUAGGUGGUGCCGGUGGUGCGUCGUCUCUGCCGGCACGACCAAACGCACCGACCGGGCCUUCGUGGCGCGAGCCCGACACGCCUCACUCUGCCGGCGGGCCGAUGCGUCACGACUAUGGCCGCUACGACAGGGGCGGCGGCAUGGAGCAGGGCAGUCGUGGCGGCACCACGCGUGAGGUCAUGCACUCGCUCUCUCCACCGACCAACGACGAGAAGCUGCGGACGAUCUUUGUGCACAAGGUGCCGCCCAGCCUGGGCAACGGCCAGGCACUGGAGGGACUGUUGAGCCUCGUCGGCCGGUUGCGACGGUGGGACGCCGAAGUGUCACACCUGUCGGACCAGAAGGGUGAGCUCUUUGGAUUUGCCCAGUAUGAAGACGCAGACUCGCUGGAUUCGGCUAUCGAGCUGCUCAAGGGCGUGGAGGUGCCGCUGAAGAAACAGGAGCCCAAGGACACGACCGGCCAGGACGCCAAUGGCACAAAAGAGGACGGCGGCAAAGAGCAGGGGAAAGAGGAGGAUGGCAGCUUCGAAGGGAUUGAGAAGGUGCUGCUGCAGGUGGCUGUGGACCCGGUCAGCCUCCAGUACAUUGAGGCACACAAGGAAACACAGAGCGACGAAGCCGCAGCAGAUGCCAAGGCACGGUUGGAGUUCAGCCGGAGGGCUCUCAAAGCGGCGAUACACGACCUAUUUUAUCCGCCAAAGAGCGAGGCAAGAGAUGCUGACAACGACGUCAAGAUGAUGGACGUUGGCGGACUGUCUGGAGAGGGAGUGGAAGUGCUGAACAUUCCACUGGCACAAGACGACGAGCUAGCAGACAUUCCAGCAGAGAUGCGGGAAAUUGUAGCGUCGGAGAUCGCGUCAUUCCGCGAGCGCAGCAACCGGCGAGACAUGGAGCGGCUGAAGCGAGAGCAGGAGCUAGAGGAGCAGGAGCGGCGACGAAACGGCGAGAUGGACCACCCCCGAGCAUCGCAUGCCGACUCAUCAGCCCACAUGAGCUCAAACAACAUCCCGCUGGGGCCUCGCGGCAGUGGCGGUGGUAACAGCGCCGCGCUCGCACGCGGGGUGGCUCGGGGUGUGAGCUUUGUAAACGGCAGCGGUGCUGCGAAUGGGAAGAACGAGUACGAGCGCGAAGACAGCGUGGACACGGACGCGAGCGACGAGGAGAUUGUGCGACGCGAGGCGCGGAAGCACGCAGCCGAAGACGAGGCGAUGUACAAGGAGGCUGAGCGUAAGUGGGUGAAUCGCGAGCGACAGCGGGCGGCAGCACUGGAGCGAGAGAAAGAGCGUGACCGAGCUGAGGAAGACAACUUGGUGCGGCAUCGCGAGGAGCAGCUGGAGCGGGAGAAAAACUGGGACGACGAGCGAGAGGCCAACCGCAAGAACAGCCUGUACUUCCGGGAUCACGCAGCAUGGCUACGCAAACGGGCACACGACCGGGCAGAGGAGGAGGCACGUGACGCAGCAGACCGACGGACAGAGCGGGAGGAGCUGCGGCGACAGGCGGCGGAUAUGGAGGCGGCACGCGGCAUGGCCGACUCCUUCUUGGCCCAGCAGGCGCAGGGGAUGGAGCGGGCACAGGAGCGGGAGCAGGAGCGGCGGGUCAAGGAAGAGGCAGCGAAGAUGGAGGCAGGAGGUGGAGGACUGGGAGGACUGGGAGGACCGGGAGGACCGGGAGGACCGGGAGGACCGGGAGCAGCACCACAACGGGUGACGAUCUCGUUUGGUGCAGCAGCACAGCGAGCACAAGCACAGCGAGGCGGGGCGACGCGGCGGACGGUGGCCGAAGUGGAGGGCUUACUGGACGACGAAGAGCAGGAGGCGACGACGAAGCGACAGCUGGUGCCGAUCAAAUUCGAGCCCAUGUCAGCAUCGGCCAGCAUGACGGACGAGGAGAUCAACCAGGCGGUGCGGGCACUGGCACAGGAGAUUCCGACGGAGCGCGCGGGCUUGUGGGCAUGGGACGUGCAGUGGCGCUUCAUGGACGAUGCGGUGAUUCGCGACAAGCUGCGGCCGUUUGUGGAGAAGAAGGUGGUCGAGUAUCUUGGCGUGCAGGAGCAGUUCCUGGUCGAGGUCGUCGAGGAGCAUCUGCGCCGCCACGGUAAGCCUGAGGCGCUAGUCGAGGACCUGCAAGAAGCUCUGGACGAAGCGGCCGAAGACCUGGUCAAGAAGCUCUGGCGCAUGGUCAUCUUCUUCACCGAGAGCGAGAAGCGGGGGCUGCCAGCAUAG